GAUAAAUAAUCCUUUUCGAGCUACUUCCCUUUCAUAUUUUUACGCCAUUUGUUCAAGAAAAAUAUCCAAAACGUGUUGGGUAUGUAAAAUCAAAAUCGUGUGUGAUUAGCAAGUGUUGUUCAGUGUCAGCUUAAAGCAAUGUCAAACUUCAGUAGGGUACCUGUUGUAGACGUACACAGUGAUAAUUUGCGAGAAGUGUGGCCAUCUAUGAUACUAGCAAUGUCAAAUGCUACAUUUAUAGGGCUUGAUACGGAGCUGAGUGGAUUAGGCCAUAGAAAGAAACUUGGGGCAAAGUCUGUUGAAGACCGUUACAAGAACAUCUGUGAUACUGCUAAAUCUAGGUCAGUUCUCUCCCUUGGUAUGUCUUGUUUCCAACAGAUGUCACCACCAUCACGGAACAGCCAGUCAGAAGGAAGCUGCUUAACAAGUAGCCAAUCAGGAUCCAGUUACAUAGUUCAGACUUUCAACAUAAUGCUGCUUUGCGAGGAAGAGUUUGUGGUAGAACCUCAGUCUUUGAGGUUUCUUGUACAUCAUGGUUUUGAUUUCAACAAACAAUAUGAGAAAGGUGUACCAUACUAUAGGGGUGCAGAUAAGACAGAAGACAAAAACAUUCAGUCAGUCAGACAUUUGUUUGUGGAACUUGUUGCCAUGGAGAAGCCCAUAGUGCUUCAUAAUGGACUGGUUGACCUGUUGUUUAUGUAUGAGAAUCUGUAUACCAGUCUGCCGCCGACCUCAGCCAUGUUUCUAGCAGAUCUCAGUGACAUGUUCCCAAAUGGAAUUAUUGAUACAAAGUAUAUCACUGACUUUGAGCACCUCAUGCAAGCCUCUUAUUUGGAAUAUGUAUUUAGAAAAUGCCAAAAAGACAAUGAGAAUAAAUGUGGAAAGUGUACCAUACAUUUCCCGCACUACCCGGCCAGCUACCCACAUGUUACUUACAGGAACUGUAACAUCAAACCACAGUUUGACAUCGGUGAAAAUCCAGAUGCUUAUAAAGCCGCUUUGUGUGACACCUACACAGGUCAUGGAUGGUGUCCAAAAGAGAAGUUCUGCCCAAGGUCACAUGAUAUUGACCUGAUCAUUGAUGUGGACAAUUACAUGGAAAAAAAUAAAAGUAGAAAACGUAAACGUAGACGUCAAAAUAGAGAGACCAAAGACAUUAAUCAACAGUCAUUAGACGAUGAUGAUGAUGAUGGUGAUGAUUCUGUAUCCAAGGGGAAUAACUCUGAAGUAUCAAAGGAUGUUGUUGUUACGGAUACUGUUGAAAAUGGAACCAAUAGUGGUGUAAAGAGAAAAUUAAUAGACUCUGAAGAAAUUUUGAAAAAGUUGAAAAGUGAAAUGACAAAUGAAGAAACACACGCAAAUGGUGGACACCGAGCUGGUUAUGAUGCUUUUAUGACAGGUUUUAUUUAUGCAGUGUACAGGGCCUCAGGAGAUACAUGGAUAGAUAAAACUGAGGAGUGGAAGAACAAAUUGUACCUUGGAGGGAAAGACUAUCCUCUCUCUGUCAGUAAAAGUAGUUUUAGCAAACAUUCAAAACAGCAUUUAGAGAAAAUUAGUAAAAUAAGGAACACUGAUUGUAAAGAAUAAAAUGUUGCAAAAUAUGACUGAAAAUUUUGCCAAGUUAUUAGAUAGGAAUAGAUUUACUCUGAAGUAGAAAACUGGGUGUAAUAGACUAGCAAUGAACUUAGCUAUGUGAGUCUACAGAAAAUUAUAAUGUAAACACAAAAAUUAGUUUUUUUGGCAUUGUUGGUAACACAUUUUUGUAAAACUAUUCAAUGUGGUUAUCCAGCAGUGGAUAACAGAAUUCAACCAUUUCCUGGGCUGGUUUUUCAUCAUUCCUUAUAAAAACUUCAGAAUUUAUAAAGUUCCUGCUGCCAGCGUUAGAGAAUUUUAGAAUGAAGUUUAGUUUAUUCUUGGUUCUUGCGAAACAAAAUUAGGAAGAAAUUCUUGGAAAAAAAAUCAUGUUCUAAAAUUUGUGAAUGAAAUAGUAGUCUCUCCUGGUAGCUGUGAAGACAAGAUUAAAUGUGGGGGUGGGUAUGUGGGGAAAAUGUCCCGUAUUAUUAUUUUCAUAAAGUACCUCUGUCAAUAUUCAUAAGCCCUUUACUAACAUCUACAAAACAUUAUUUCGCAUAAUAAUUUCAAAUACUUCUUAAAAAUGGUAUAAAGCACAAUAUAAAGAAAAGAACAUGUGGUAAUUCAAAGAAUGUCUUUUCUUUUUUGUAGAAACGAAUAGGAAAUUGAAUAAUGUACUUUUAUUUUGUUGAAAUGCUAAAAGUCACUGUCUGUUAUGAAAACACCAGAGUUUAUUUAGAAUUUAAUUUUGUGAUAAAACUGCUGAAAGCUAAUAUUUUAUCUAACAGGACCUGUACAGCAUUCAUAAAAAGUAAUUAACAGAAGGUCAGAGUUUUAAUAUAACAGUUAUUAAUAUUCUGAACUAGUUUUAGUGCAUUCAGAAAACUAGGGGGAUUUGAAACACAGUCUAGACAGUCUAUUACCAGGUGAUAUUAGGAAGUACGGGAAUCUACUGGGAAUAAGGUAAUCGUUUACCAUGAAAAAAAGGUAUUAAAUGUUUAGUCUGUUCUGAUUGGUCGGUAAUGUAAACAAACCCAAGAAGUGAUUUGUUUAUGAAAUUGAACCUUGUUAGCAUGUUUAGAGUAUUUGAAUCACACAAUGAGAAAACCAACAUAGUGCAUUUGCGACAAGCAUGGAUCCAGACCAGCUGCGCAUCCACUUUCAAAGCCUAUUGCAGUUAGAGAUACCGUUAACGAACAGCAUGGAUCCCGACAAGACUUCACAGAUACACAGGCUGGUCUGGAUCCAUGCUGGUUACAAAUGCACUAUGUUGGCUUUCUCAUGGUGCAGCUCAAAAUUUUUAUCAUACAUUUUGACACUAUUUACAUCUCAUGUAUAAUGAAAAUAGUUUUACGAAACAGUUUUCUGCAUGAUGUAAACAGGGGUCAUAUCAUUCAUGUGAAAAAUACUGAAAUAAAGUACCAUCAUUCA